AUGCCUAUCUCCCUACCCCCAGGACUUGCCUAUCUAUCCAGACUUGCUCUCACCGUCGUAAUUCUUCCUUUCGCAGUUUCCUGGAUUCUACGAAGCGUACUCGUAAAACUCGACAUCCAUAUUUCUCCAUGGUUCUUCUUGGUAGCUCCCGUGGCCCUGCAGUUGAUCGUUCGCGCUGCGUGCAACUGGUUCACAUGCUUUAUUGUUCGCAGAGAAGCUGCUGCCAAGGGCGCUCUCAUGACGCCCGGCGUUCAGGAGAGCAGGGUCUCGAUUUUGGCUCGCAUUGAGGAUGGCUUCAGGAAUGGGUAUCCAGAGGAGGUUUUCCAGAAGUGGAGCGAACAGUAUGGGCAUACCUUUUCGUUUGGCUCAUUGUCCGAUAGACGGGUCUUUACGACUGAGCCAGAACAUAUCAAGGCUGUCCUAGCGGCACAAUUCCAGAACUUUGAAAAAGGUCUGUUCAUCUUCAAUGCUGCCAAAGCUCUUUCUGGCGUAGGCGUCUUCAAUUCCGAUGGUGAGUUUCAUAGAACGACCGCGAGGCCUUUCUUCAACAAGGCACGUAUUUCUGACUUUGACAACUUCGAGAGGCACACAAUCAAUACGAUCUCACAAAUCAAGGCGAGGCUGAGGGAGGGUUAUCCUAUCAAUUUCCAGGACGUCGUUGCUCGCUUUACGAUGGACUCCUCCACUGAGUACCUCUUUGGCAAAGACAUUGAUUCGUUAUCUGCUGGCCUUCCCUACCCGCCUGAGUCACCGAUGGCGGGAGACCCUCAUUUUGUUAAUCAUCCCUCUAAUUCUUUCGUUCAGGCGUUUGCGAAGGCACAAGAGCAGAUAGUUAUUCGAUUUCAGAGGGGACCUUCCUGGCCCCUUCAUGAAUUCUGGGCAGAUGAAAUACACCCGCUGCGGCAAGUCAUAAAUCGCUUUGUCCAACCCAUGAUCUCCGAGGCACUUGACCGAAAGGCUGAAGGUGUGAAGCCUGUGGAUGUGGAAAAAGAUCUCGAGAACAUGUCCUUGUUGGACCGUCUUGUUCAGGAAAUCGACGACCCUAAAGUCAUUCAGGACGAGCUCAUUAACAUAUUGGUAGCUGGUAGAGAUACGACCGCCUCCCUGCUAACCUUCGCGGUAUAUAUGAUGUGCGAACAUCCCGACAUGACUGCUCGGUUACGGUCUGAGAUCCUCGAGAGAGUAGGUAACAGGAAACCCACAUACGAGGAUAUUCGCGAUAUGAAAUAUUUACGAGCAUUCCUCAAUGAAACCUUGCGCUUGUACCCAACUGUAUAUGUAAACACCUCGAAAGUGGCGACGACUCUUCCGAACAAUGGACGAGCACCAUAUUACAUUCCAAAUAGUACGAGAGUGGUGUAUUCUGUAUUCCUGAUGCAUCGGCGUACAGAUUUAUGGGGCCCGGAUGCUCUCGAAUUUGAUUCGGAUCGAUUCCUUGACAGCCGCGUUCAUAAGUAUUUGACUCCAAACCCAUACAUUUUCCUCCCCUUCAAUGCGGGUCCUCGAAUUUGCCUAGGUCAACAGUUUGCAUACAAUGAAGCCUCGUACUACCUCAUUCGACUUCUGCAGAGCUUCUCUUCGUUCAGUCUCGCCACGGAUGCCCAACCUUCUGAAGGUAUUCCCCCAAAGAGCUGGACGCCAACGCCGGGGACGACCAAAGGCAAGGAUAAGAUUAUGUUAGGAAUACAUAUCACGCUAUUUGCCAAGGGCGGGUUGUGGGUCAAGAUGGAAGAAACGAAGGAAGAAGCGGCGGUAUGA